AUGAUGACUACAUCCUAUCCUAUGUCCUUCACCACAUUAUCUCUGAUGGGUGGUCUAUCGACGUCCUGCGCAAGGAGCUGGCCCAGUUCUACGCGGCUGCUCGACGAGGUGAACACCCACUCCUCCGCGCAGCUGGAGUACUGGAAACAGGAACUCGAGGGCUCAUCGCCUGCGGAACUGUUGACUGACCGCCCCCGGCCGAAGGUUCUGACUGGCGAGGCCAGUGCUGUACCCUUCACCAUUGAGGCCGAGUUGUACCAGAGCCUGCAGGCUUUCUGCAAGACCCAUCAGAUGACCCCCUUUGUGGUACUGCUUGCCGCGUUCCGUGCCACUCACUAUCGCCUCACAGGAGCCGAGGAUGCGUGCAUCGGUACACCGAUUGCCAACCGCAAUCGGCCAGAGCUGGAGAACAUGAUCGGCUUCUUUGUCAAUACCCAGUGCAUGCGCAUUACUGUCGAGGACGACACAUUCGAGGGGUUGACGCAAAAGGUGCGAUCUACUGCAACGGCCGCUUUCGCAAAUCAGGAUGUUCCCUUCGAGCGGAUAGUCUCAACCCUGCUGGCAGGUUCGAGGGACACAUCAAGAAACCCACUGGUCCAGCUUCUAUUGGCGGUCCACUCUCAAAAGGACAUGGGCAGAAUCCAGUUGGAAGGCAUGCAAGCCGAGCCUAUCGGGCUAUCCGUGACGACCAGAUUCGAUAUUGAAUUUCAUUUGUUCCAAGAGUCAGACCGCCUCAGCGGUGGCAUGGCCUUUUCGACGCAGCUGUUUGAGGCUGACACUAUUACCCACCUACUUGCCGUCUUCCGUGAGACCCUACGCCGGGGGCUUGAGGACCCUCAGACGCCAAUUGCCACCAUGCAGCUGACCGACGGAUUGGGGGAGCUUCGCACCAAGGGACAUCUCCAGAUCGACAGAACUGAGUAUCCCCGGGAGUCGAGUGUGGUCGACAUCUUCCGCGAGCAGGUGGCCGCGUUCCCAGAUGCAAUCGCAGUUAAAGACUCCUCAUCGCAAUUAACGUACGCGGAGCUGGACCGUCAAUCCGACCAGCUUGCUGCCUGGCUACAACAGCGGCGCCUUCCCGCAGAGUCGCUCGUUGCCGUCUUGUCGCCGCGAUGCUGCCAGACGAUUACAGCCUUCCUCGGUAUCUUGAAGGCCAAUCUAGCAUAUCUGCCGUUCGAUGUCAACGUUCCUACUGCCCGGACUGAGGCAAUCUUAUCCACCCUUGUCGGGCCCAGACUAGUCUUCCUCGGACCCGACGUAUGUCCUCCGGCGCUGGAGUUAUCAGAUCUGGAGAUGGUCCGAAUCGGCGAUGCCCUAGCCCAUCCGUGCCAAGAUAUUCCCAGCGACACAAACACUCCCUUGUGGCCAUCCGCGACCAGUCUGGCGUAUGUACUGUUCACAUCUGGCUCGACCGGCAAGCCAAAAGGAGUUAUGAUUGAGAGUCAAGCAAUUAUCCGCCUAGUGAAACAAAGUAAUGUUGCAAACGUCCUCCCACCCGCUCCUUGCGUGGCUCACCUGUCAAGCAUAACCUUUGAUAUCUCCGCUUGGGAGAUAUAUGCACCUCUUCUUAAUGGCGGCACUCUCGUCUGCAUUGACUACCCCACUGCUUUGAACAGCGAAGCUCUGGCUUUUGUAUUUGCUCGGGAGAGGAUAUGCGCGGCGAUGCUUCCGCCAGCGCUAGUGAAGCAAUACCUUGCUGAUACUCCUGGUGCCUUCAGGCUAUUAGAUGUUCUUUUCGUCGCUGGGGAUCGCUUUGACAGCCAGGAUGCAAUAGACGCACAAGCACUCGUUAAAGGUGGCGUGUACAAUUCCUACGGGCAGACUGAGAACUCGGUCCUUAGCACGAUCUACAAGAUUUUAGAAAAUGAACAGUUCGUCAACGGAGUCCCCAUCGGCCAUGCUGUCAGCAACUCUGGAGCUUACAUCAUGGACCCACGGCAACAACUCGUCCCGCCCGGGGUGAUGGGAGAGUUGGUUGUCACAGGAGACGGUCUCGCUCGAGGAUACACUGACCCGGCAUUGGACAAGGAUCGCUUUAUAGAUGUCAUCAUCGACGGCCAGGAAGUGAGGGCGUAUCGCACAGGGGAUCGUGCGCGCUAUCGGCCGAAGGAUUGUCAGAUAGAGUUCUUCGGGCGCAUGGACCGGCAGAUCAAAAUCCGCGGCCACCGGAUUGAGUUGGCGGAGGUGGAGCAUGCAAUCCUCGGCCAGGAGUCGGUCCGCGACGCGGCCGUGGUGGCGACGAAGCAAGACGACGAGGAGCUCGAGAUGAUCGCCUUUCAUGCGAAACCUCCUCCAGACCUUGCUCCCCUCGUACAUGGUGCCGGCCCGGAUUGUGGUGCUGGAGCAACUACCUGUCAAUCCCAAUGGGAAGGUUGA